GACGGGCGAUCGGUAAUACUCAGUUGGUGAAGUUAGCAUUUUGGGAGCUCACCUUUGUAUUUCGCACUAGCCGGUUAAGCUACCUUCCAGCAGCGCCUAGUGGCACCGCAGACAGUAGUGCGCGUUGUGAGGCAUAUUUUUUUUUGUUGUUGUUGUUGCGCUGACCGAUUAGGCACUGCUUACUAUACCAGCUGGUGGGAGACCGAUCAUCAUCAUUCGACUGAAGCCCGGUGUCCGAGAAACAUCACGCGCGUAAACUCGAAACAAGAACCCCGGGAUAGGAAGCAGCAGCAGUUCUGUAAACGAAUUUGGAAACAUUCUGUCAAAGGUGGUAAUCGGUUGUGCAUACAAAUUGGAUAUCAUUUCCUGAAGUGGAGCGAAUAAUUUUCGGUUUUGUAAGAAAGUGUCAAUUUCUUGAGUACUGUGAUUUAUUUGUCCAAGACGAUCAUAGACGGAAGUGGGAGCGAUCGAUGAAUGUUAUUUGGUUGAACUAGGAUCGCGAACGAAUCACGUGAAGUGGAAGAUUGUGUACAACCACCGAUAUUGAAGUGAACGAAAAAAUAAGAAAGCUCGAAACGGUGUUUGCCCACGGAAGUAGCAGUGAUUCUGUGGCUUCCCAUCGCGGCUUCGAAUCCCAUCAGCCUAGUGACUAAAGGCUAAGGCGGAAAAACAAUCCCACAACAAUGCCAGAAACUAAGUUGCCAAUUGAGAUCAAAGCCGAUCGAAGGGUAGUAAAUCAGUACUUGGCGGCCAUUUGCGUCAAUAUAAUCUCGCUGUCACAAGGAACUGCCAUCGGAUGGCUGUCACCGUUUCUGCCGCUACUGAUUUCCACCGAUUCGCCACUCAGCACCGGACCAGUAACGGAUAUUCAAGCCACGUGGAUCGCGUCACUGCUAUGCGUUGGAGCCAUCUUUGGAACACUUUUGUUCGGAUGGUCGGCCGAUAAAUUUGGAAGAAAAUUUUCUCUAUGCAUCGCCGCCCUGCCACUAGUCGGUUUCUGGGCGUGCGUUGCAUUCGGUGGAUACGUUGAAAUCCUGUACCUUGGACGGUUGCUGGCCGGCCUUGGAGCUGCUGGAGUGUUCCUACUGGUUCCACUUUAUGUGACGGAGAUUUCGGAAGACAGAAUAAGAGGCUCUCUGGGAACCUUUUUCAUCCUGUUCAUCAACUUGGGAACACUGGUAUCGUUCGUCAUAGGAACCUACUUGUCGUACCACAUCACGUCCUACAUUCUUAUAUUCUUACCGAUCCUGUUUUUACUGUGCUUCAUUCGGUUUCCGGAAACACCACAACACUUGAUUCGAUGUAAUAAAAUUGAGUCGGCUGAAUCGGCGCUGAAAUAUUUACGAGGAUAUACUUCAUCCCCAAAUCAUGUGAUGGCGCUAAAGGAUGAAAUGUCCAAGUUGAUGAGCCAGAUUUCUAUCCGCGGAAAGGACUCUAGCGACGAUUCGUCCAUCAAGUGGGCUGAUUUUGCGCCAUUUGCCACGAAAAAAGCGAUUAUCAUCGGAAUAGUACUCGUCGCACUGAACCAAUUGUCUGGAUGCUUCGCCCUGAUCAACUACACGGCACAAAUCUUCGCCGAUGCUAACACUGGUCUGGAUCCUAACGUUUCUGCCAUGAUAGUCGGUGGGAUUCAAAUUGCCGGGUCGUAUGUGUCCACGCUUGUUGUAGACCGUUGUAGGAGAAAAAUUCUAUACAUUGUAACCACAUUUGGGGCAGCCGUCGGCCUGACAGCGAUGGGAGUUCAUGCCUAUCUUAAAGUGAACGAAUUCGACGUAAGUGUAAUCAGCUGGCUUCCCGUGGCCAGUCUGUCGUUCGUGAUCUUCAUAGCCUCAGUUGGUAUGUUGCCGUUGACGUUUGUGAUUUUGUCGGAAAUUCUCCCACAAAAGCUUCGAAGUUUCGCCGGUUCACUGUGUACCACCUUCCUGUGGGUGGUCAGCUUUAUAGUGGUGAAAUAUUUCCCUGUGAUAGUGGAAGUUCUUGGAAUGCACGGUUGCAUGUGGACCUUUGCCGGAUGCUGUGCAUUUGGAGUGUUCUUCAACGCAUUCUUCAUUCCGGAAACCAGAGGCAAAAGCAUAGAUGAGAUUACGCUGGCAAUGGGUAAUAGAAGUAAAAAUGAAAGUUAAAUUAGUUUAAGCAGGGUAUAUCGUGCAUUUCUCGUAAACGUGCCAUUUUAAGCAAAUCAACAGUAGGUUAUAAAUAUCAGUGCAUUGUUGCAAAAUCAUAUCAUCCAUGAAUUUUGAAUGGUACCGAAAGUGGUUUUAAACUAUCAUGGCUAGUGCAUCCUUUAUUAGAACUCGAUACAGUGAUAACUUUUAAAUAACAGAAUUCAUAGUUUUACAUUUAAUUUCCAAAAAUGUACAGUGAAAUUGCAAACUUUUUACUUCAUUGAGCUUACAGUUAGUGUACGAGUCAUUGUAACAUGGAGUGAAACUGCACUUAGUAGUAACAGUUUUAAGAUGAACACGUAUUAGCAUGAAAUAUGCAAAGAAAAUUUGUGAUUUUGUCUCAUUAUUAUUAUUAGUUAGAAGUUAACUUAUUCAAUUUUAUCAUAAUUUAUGACGAGGCCAAAUCGCAUAGUUCCUGUUUUAUAGUA